CGUUGACACCUGUACACUUUGAAAGUCACAUGGCUGGGUUAAUCUUGCUUGGUGUCAGCAUUCUGAUUGCUUCUGAAUUUAGUCAAGCGAUAAAUACAAAAAUGGAUUUUGACGAAGAACAAGAUACUUCUCUUGUUACGGAUUCGAGUAAAGAAAAUGAAGAUGUCGAGGUGCAGCAUACUAUUGUAGUUUCUACGAAAUUGAAGAAUAAUAAUAGAAGAGGAUUGCAAAACUCACGAGAUGGUAAUGUAAAUCCUGGUCAUAGUUCGAAUUUAAAAAGAGAAGAUAGUGGAGAGGUUCCAGUAAUUAAAGGUUAUAAAGCAGUCGAAACAACAGAAAUCUUUACUCCUGAUACACGGGUGAAAUUGCCAGCUAACACUUUUAAUACAUUCACAAGACACAAUCCAACAGACGAUAAUGAUGUUUAUCCAAAUCUAGGAUUAAACCCAGUACAUUUCAAACCAUCUAAUUAUUAUAAUAACAUGAAUUGGUGGAAUCAAGAAAAUCCAAGAAAUUUGAACACCUAUAUAUCGAGAAACGAUAGAACAGGUUAUGUAAAUCAAAGAACUAACUUCAAUAGAGGAAUGAGUGAUGAUGGUGUCAGAGAUUUCUUUUGCAAGAAAUGUAGAGAGCUGAGUAGACGGCAAGGAUUUAGAGAUUGUGAACAACUGCGUAGUAAUCAAUGGUACCAGAAUACAACACCAAAGAUGAAGAUAGACGGAAAAUUAGCGAAAUUAAACUAAUCGAGUCAUUAUUUUGUUCGGUACGCCGUGACCACAGAAAAAAACACGUAUCAGAUGAUAUCUGUUUGACCUUGAGAGA